ACUCUUGCUGUAAACUGUAUUGUUUUUCUUUUGAUCAUUCUUUUGGUCACCAACAAAAUGUGUGAUUUACCAGAAAAUUUACAAAUUAAACGUGAACCAUCACCACCUUCUACGCCCGAGGAUAAAUCUUCUCCCCAUAACAUAAAGGCUAAGCUAAAUUUGCAUGUAAAACGUAGACUACAAGAUUUCAGUCAAGCAAACACAGCAUUGGAGGAAACCUCUUACAAUAAUAAAACACCACCCGAUAUUAAGCAAGAGCCUCAAAAACUAGAAACUACCAGACAAAAAAGACCUUAUCAUAAGAGAACAGAUAAACAUAAACCCCACACACCGUCUUUGGAAGCCUCAGCGACAACAAAUGUAGCAACCUCUGCUGGGCCUCGUAAAUAUAAACAUAAAAUCAAGCAAAUUGUGGCCAACAAUGAUAAUCAAGAACUAACAGCCAGCUCUAAUGCUGCCCUAGAGGAACCUUUAGCAGUUGGUAGCUCUAAUACUACAAUAACAGCUGGUGCUCUUAGUGCGGGAGAUGAAGAUGAGGCUGGUCAUGAUGCAGACUUAAAGGCGGUUAGAGAAAAGGAGAAAUGUCCCGACGUUUUGGCCAUGGUGUUAAGCAUGAAGAAAAGAGCUUUAAUGCAAGAUCCAGAAGUGCAAAAGUUUUUAAAAGAUGUUAUGGAAGUAAUAAAAUCAUAAAUUUGUUUACAAAACAAGAAAAAAUUUGACAUUU